CUAGGAGAAAAAAUUCAGUAGAUACAUUCUGAUUUGAAAGUGUAGCAAUUGGAUUGGAAUUUGGAUUACGACUUACGUGCAGCUAUUGGAUUCUUUGAAUGAAUCUUUAAAUAUUUAUCGCCUGAUUGUGUCAUUGCUACGAUACAAGUUCUCACUUCUGUAACGGAGACCAUGGAGGCUGCACAGGAUGCUCCCGGGGGGCGAUCGUUUGCGGUUGGGGAUGUCGUGAUGAGCUGCGACCCAUUCGUGUGGGUAAUGGAAAGCAGCGCUUAUAAAACCCAUUGCGCCUACUGCAUGCGCGAUGGCCAGGAACUACGAAUUUGCUCGGGAUGCAAACUGCACCGCUACUGCAGUGCUGCCUGUCAGGCUGCUGACUGGAAAGCGGAGCAUAAAACUGAAUGCGCUCUACUGAAGAAGGUCGGGACGGGCUGCAACUUGACGGUGCCGCAAAGUUCUUCGAGUUGCACCAUGAAAUAUUGUUUGGACCUACCCGCGGACCUUAUUGCGAAGUUUGCCAACAAGAUUAAGCUUAACGCUGUGACUGAUGUGCCCGGACUGGGUCCGAAAUCCGCGAAAGAACUGUGGGACAUGCUGCCGUUCAACCCCAAACCAAUGCUCCUAAACAACAUAUAUCAGCGAAUAAUGGACGUUAUGAAACUGAAGUUGGGCAUGGACCUGCCCGAUAUGCUGACGAAUACUUCCAAGAUGAUGUACAAUAUGGUGACGAUCGUGCCGCUGAAGAGUCUGGCGCCGCUUGGUCUGGCGGUGUAUCCCCUUGUCAGCCCUCGGCUCAUGACGCCGGUGUGCUGGGAUAUGAAUGUGGUGAAGAGUUUCCGCGGGCGACGCUUGUUUAUCCAUGCCGUGGAGGACAUUCCCAAUUUCACCGGGCUGAAGGAUCUGCGGUACAAUGACAUUGAAGAACCGCACUUCUUCACACGAACUAUGCGCCGCACGGAAUUCGAGAAUCAGAACGGAUAUCCAUGCACGUGCCGAAAAUGCACUCAACAAUACGCCCAACCUACAUCCUUCCAUCCGGUAUACACCGGAAUAUCAUCCGUGGCAAGCACGAACGCACUGCGUUUCCGGGAGCAAAGUACCACAUUGAUAUCCCAGCACACCGCCGUCAUGUGGCAAUGCGGUGUCACCGGGUACACGGCAUAGCCAACAUUAACGGGUCUGCUGUCGGCCGUACUGUACAAGACCUGCGUGUUUCGCCCCACAACGGCGAGAUACGUAACGAGAGCUGCCACGGCGACCCCCGAUUGCGGCUCCACAGUCGGCAAUCUGCCAGAAAACAAGACGACGGCUAGAAUGAGCGCAAUCAAAACCCACGAGUGCCAUACAAAGCACGAACCUCUUUAGGCUUUUCUCUAGGCGGGGAUCCUGUAGUACCGCAUCCUGCGGCAGCGUAUCCACCAGCUCCUGAGCCGGACGUCGUCCCCGACCGGGGAUAUUGACCAUGGUGUUCAGCUGGAUGACAUU